AUGAGGGAGCGUUCGGUUCAAAUUGUGGUCGCAGCGUUAGAAGUAACUGGUGGCAUUGGUUUACAUCAGCAGAUCCCAUGGUAUUUACCAACUGACAUGAAACAUUUUCGUGAGCUGACAACGUCAACAUGUGACUCUUCGGUGCAGCAUGCGGUAAUUAUGGGGCGCAAGACGUGGGAAUCACUACCGGCUAAAGUACGACCUCUGCCUAAACGCUAUAACGUAGUAUUGACACGCAAUACUAGCUAUAAAGAGAGUGUUUCGAAUAAUGUGGGCGUUGCCACGAGUUUCUACGAGGCACUAGAGCUCGUGCAACAACAAGGAUCGAAAGUGGAUCAGGUGUUUGUCAUUGGAGGAAGCGCCGUGUACGCAGAGGCGUUGGCGUAUCGAGAACAAUUGAUGCAGAAUUAUAGAGUAGUUGCGGAAUCAGAGAUACUCAAAGAAAAUGGUGUAAAGUUUCAAUUCAUGGAAUGGGAGCGAAAAAAUAAAGAAUUGGAGGAUGUCGAGACCACAGUGUUGGUGGAUAAAACGACGCCACAUGAGGAGAUGCAGUAUUUAAAUCUGAUUCGAACAAUUCUGACGCAAGGAGCAAAGCGUGAUGACCGAACUGGCACCGGGACGCUGUCAGUGUUUGGAGCGCAAAUGAGAUUCAGUCUAAGGAGCAAUGUCUUUCCACUGCUAACGACAAAGAGGGUAUUUUGGCGAGGUGUGGCCGAAGAGUUGCUGUGGUUUAUUAGUGGAAAUACGAAUGCUCACGCGCUUCAGCAGAAGGAUAUUCACAUUUGGGACGGCAAUGGAUCGCGUGAAUACUUGGACAGUAGAGGACUGCAGUCACGUGAAGUGGGAGAUCUUGGACCAGUAUAUGGUUUUCAAUGGCGUCAUUUUGGUGCUAAGUACACGGACAUGCAUGCCGACUAUACCGGUCAAGGCGUCGAUCAGCUUGCCGAGGUAAUCCACAAGCUCCGUACGAACCCCAGUGACCGCCGGAUUGUGCUGUCAGCUUGGAAUCCAGCUGAUCUCAAUGAGAUGGCGCUACCUCCGUGCCACAUGUUUUGCCAAUUUUACGUGGCAAAUGGUGAGCUGUCAUGCCAGAUGUAUCAGCGCUCGGCCGAUAUGGGAUUAGGUGUGCCAUUUAACAUUGCCAGCUACGCGCUGCUAACGCGUUUAGUAGCUCAGGUGGUCGGACUAAAACCUGGCGAGUUCAUUCAUGUCAUCGGUGAUGCGCAUAUAUAUUUGAAUCAUGAAGAGCCACUGAUAAAACAGCUGACGCGUACACCGCGUCCGUUCCCGACCCUUCACGUAAAUCCUGAGAAGAUUGCAAGCAUUGACGACUUUACAUUUGAAGAUUUCGAAGUGCGGAAUUAUCACCCGCAUGGUGCAAUUAAGAUGACGAUGUCGGUUUAA